AUGAGGAAUGCUCUAUUUCGGCGGCACAGGAAUCUCAGCAGCGGCUUGAGGUUCCAAGGGAUGGAAGUUACUGAGACUCGAAUGACCGAGUCUGCUCACGACGGACUCAUUAUCAUUGCAUCGUAUCUUGAUCAAAAUGCAAUUACGUGGGGGAAGUAUCAGCCAUGGAAAAUUUUAUGA